AUGGCUAAUCUUAACACGACAACAAUGACUAAUCUGAACCUUAAACCCCAUAUAAUCGUUUACGUAUGUAUCCAUUUCGUCAUGCCAUGUGCAGUGGCGAUCGGCAUCAUUGGCAAUCUUCUGUCAAUCCUUGUAUUUGCGCGUCGUGAAAUGAUCAAAUUUUGUGUAUCAAUAUUUACAAUUGUACUUGCACUCAGUGAUAUUCUCUUGUUAACAACGUCCCUGUUCAACAUCAUCUUACCAGAUUUUCUUGGUGAAUCAAUGUCAGAUAUAUCCGCAUUUUGGUGUCAUUUUCAUGGUUAUUUCGAUCUUCUAUUUGCUGCAUUAAGUGGUUAUUCAGUUGUCUUUAUCUCUGUCGAACGUUGGUUUUCAGUUUGGAAACCGUUUGACAAAGCUAAAUAUGUUACAUUUAAAACGACAAUUAUUACUGUUGUUAGUUAUAUCACAAUAUCACUUAUUACUUUUUCAUGGUUUCCAUUAAUAUUGGAAUAUAGCCCGGAGAACACAAAGUCUGGUGAACGAUGUCAAUUGAAACUAUUGAUAAUAUAUAAAAUCUUCGGAACCCUCUCAGUCAUCUUUACUUACAUCGUUCCAUUUAUAUUUCUCGGUAUACUCAAUACCUUGAUCGUCUACCGUUUACGCGCACGACAACAAACAUCUAUCCAACGUUCGAUGACAUCGUCGAGCAGUACAAAUGUAGAUCCAACCUUAGGUUCAGCAUCGACGCGUAAACGCCAGCGGCAAAGGAACACUGAUCGAAAUAUCACGUUUAUGUUAAUAGCUGUUGCCAUCGCGUUCAUGGUCAUGUCAUUUCCAUUCCAAAUCUAUUGGUUCUAUAUGCAAAUACGCAAAUUAACUACGCCUGAUCCUGUUCUAUUUACACUGACACAAACCUUUCGAUAUCUAAAUUGUUGUUGUAACUUUUUUCUCUAUUCAGCUACGUCAUCUUUAUUUCGUCGAGAACUACGCGAGAUAUUUCAAUGUUCAAAUUCUUCAGUCAAUCAAAAGAAAGACAAUAACAUUUUACAAGGCGGACCUGUGUCGCGUACUCGAACAACGUCGUCUCCUCCUACGUAUUCGACUAAUAUGAACGAUGCCAAAGGAGAAAGAAAGAAACUUUUGACUAUUUCAGCGCCAGUAACAACGACGACAAUCGAAAACGUUAAUCUCUCCGUCACACCUACUGGACCUACGAAUGGACAUGUAGUAACAUUUAAAACAUAA